AGAAGAAAAAGAAAACAACUGAAAAGCUUUCAUGUUGUUCUUAUUUUGACGUUUAUUAACCAACACCCUGGAACUCAAAAUAUGAUCAAUGUAACUUCACAGCAUCGCAUACCCUAGGUAGUCUUUAAUUCGCGUUGGAUACAGGACUUGGUUGAUAUACGUUAUCUAGGUGACGCUAGUUAAAUGUUAACUGCUAAUGUUAGCCAACAAUGGAUAACUGUAUGGUUUUUCACACUCAAAUAGCCUCCAUCAUGGAGGUGCUAGCGAAUGCAGCCGUGGCAGAUAUCUGUAAACUCGUAGAUGACGACUAUGCAGUGUUUCGUUUGGAAAUAACUCAAAGCCAGAAAGAAAACAGGGCAUUGCGGAGGAAACUACUGGAACUGAAGGUGGCACGGGAGCGCGCAGAGAGGACAAUGCGAGAGCGCGUCCUCGGCAGUCGUCCCAGUAGUGUCAAGAUCCUCGACCGAUACAGAGGAAUGGCAAGAGGUGAAGGACAUCUCACUGAAGGCUACAGAAGCUUUGUGAAGCCAGCGGGACACAAUACAUGGAAAGAUGACCAACCAAUCACUGUUGAUGAGGACAGUGGAACCUCAACCCAGCAUGUUAUCAUGAUAGAGUCUGCAGAGGCUGCAGGCCCAGGGGUCAAGCUGGAGAGGUCUGAAGGAGAGGAGGACCCACGGCACAGCAGAGACAUCCAGGCUGUUGCAGCGUCUGGAGUGGCACCCCCUGUAGCCACAGAGGACCUAUCCACCGCCGCUGCGCUCCAGUCCAGGAACCGACGCAGCAUCACAGAGGAGGAGGGUCCAGAGGUGUUGCUAAUAAAGGUGGAGGGGUGUGAGGAGGGUCUGGAGAACCCUGAGGGGACCAUGGUCAUGGAGGACAACCAGACUACACCUCCUGAACCCACAGAGGAACCAGCUGAGCAGCACAGGACCACACACAGUCUCACUGAGUCAGUAUACAUGGAGGAUGGGAAGCCUGAUCUGUUGCUGGUCAAAGAGGAGACAAUAGAAGAUGGACCAGAGAACACUGAUCUGCUGAGUGGAAUAAAGAUAGGGGAGCAAGGUGGUUGGCUGGAGGCUAACAGAGGAGACUGGGUGGCCAUCUUGGAUUCCCAGAUCCAGAUGGGUGCAACCAAGGGCCCAGGGGACAACAUCACUGAGCAGGCCAGGACUAGAGGCAACAUGGUGGAGCCUGCAGUCCAUGAGGAACUGCUGAUAUCCGGUGUUGCUGGUGGGAGAGACUGGAACUCUGUGGCGGGCGGUCACAAACCCUUGCCUUGGAUGAGAACCCUGGAUCAGGAGCCGUCGCUCUUCUUUCCUGAGUCAGAACCAGGAUCGAACCGCGAGGAACAAAGACUCCACCACAACCACGACACAGAACACAACCAGUGGACAGGUGGACUGAACAACCUCAGUCCUGGUGGUCAUCAGAGAGACAGAGGCUCCAGUCAGGGAUCCAGUCUGCAGCCCAGACCCUUCUCUUCACAGUCUCAGUGCAGGGAUGAAGCAGGGCCUGGUAGAGAUAGACCCUCCUGUUCCUAUGAAACAAACACCACAGUAUCGAUGAUGAACAAAGCAGGUCACCCUGGGCUUCAGCUUUUACAGAGAGUGGUGGGAGACACCCCUGGUGGAAGUCUAUCGGAAAGUCUGUCUUCUCCUUCAGGAUCUCGUCUAAUUCCUGAUGAUUGGGUUCAUAGAAAGCCUGGGCCUGGGUCUAGCCUUCCUCAGCUGCCUCAUGGUUACCCCACCAAUACAGACAGGGUCAGGAUGGGCAUUCACCACAAGAGGUACCUAGCCUAUAACACAGCACACAAUCCGAACAACACCCAAACAAUGGAUAGAGGUCAAGCAGGGAGCUCAAAGACUAACCAGCUGAGUGUGGUGGCUCCUGCUUCCAGCUACUCUGGUGUCAUUGGGUCACAACGUGGGAAGCCGAACAUUAGGACUGACGCUGACAAGCUGUAUGCCUGCCCCACAUGUGGGAAGUGCUUUGCUGAGGCGAACUAUGUUAAGAUCCACCAGAGGGUCCACACAGGGGAGAAACCCUUCAGCUGUACCCAGUGUCACAUGCACUUCGCAGAGGCUGGCACCCUGAAGAGGCACCAGAGGAUCCACACAGGGGAGAAACCAUACAGCUGCCCUCAGUGUGAGAAGAGGUUCUCACACCAGCAUCAUCUGAAGAGGCACCUGAAGGUCCACACAUGAGAAAGGCCAUUUGCCUUCUCUGAGGGUUUCAGAGAGGAACUACCUCAUGAUACACCAGCAGAAAAACCAUUACACUUCAUAACAUAAGAGGUAACCAUUCCCUCCUCAGGGUACAGGAAUCACUACUGCAACCCCCUAGUUCCUUAGAGCCACUCAAUAGCACAUUGUCUCCCCAUCAUUUGUGUUAGUGCGGUGACAUGCUGCCAACAACUUUCUCUCAUUAGCUUUAGUCCUGCCCUCUAACCUUUUUUUUGCCUUUUUGCCUUGUUCUUCCUCCAAGCUAACCCUUAUGUAUUUCUCGCUCACAUUCAGUUCUCUCCUUUUGCCCACCUAACCAUGCAUGUACUCUUUGAGGCUGUCCCUUUCCCUGAGUUCUUUAUUUGUGUGUACAGAACAUGAUUACUUUCUCAUCUUUAUCUACCCUCUUAUUUUCAUGCUGCUCAUUGGUUAGCUGUCCAUAGAUCCAAUCAGGAUGCUUCUUAAUCUUCUCUCAAGACAAAGAUUAAUUUUCAAUGCUGUCAACAGAAAAGAUCCACAGAUGCAUUUGGAAUAACGAUAGGGACAGAUUUCAGUGUUGAAUAUUCCUGAAUAGAAUAUUGCAUCCAGACAUUGUGUGAUAUAUACAGUAUAAUGCAUAUAAAAGUUUAAAAGGUCUAUUACAUAGUGUUGUGUAGGUUGACGUUCACAAAUGCCUAUUUCAUUACAUCCAUUUAACUACUUUAUUUUUUCCCAAGACCAUUUUAAUGAGAAUUAAUGCAGAUUUUCUUGUUGACGUGUGGUUUUCAUAUGGUGUAUUUAAAACUUCUUUGUUUAAUAAACACAAAAUGGGACUUUCA